UGUGUACACAGCUUGUUCAGUUACUUUAUUUGUUUCUGAACACGCGGUUCUUAACAAUAAAGGGAGCUCUGAAAUUAACAGUAUUGUGUGAUACAUCGUCCAUGUAGCUCACGAUGAAGUUCGUAGGAAUAAUAUUUUGCGUUUUGCUUUUUUGCUCUAAAAUUGUCGAUUCAAAUCCUCAAUCCGAGGGCCAAAUUAGACAAAGAGCUUACCAAUCUUCAAACUGGCCGGUAAAUAAAAAUGUUGCAAAUGAAGAAUAUCCUGACACGGAUUUCACUCAAUCUCAAAAUGGGGACACCUUGAUAAAUCAAGAAACGAACGAAAAUGUUCGCAAUUACUAUCCAAAUCAACCCAGAUAUGGCAAUGACUUUAGAUACAACAAAGUUCCCAUUUUGUCACAGAGAACUGAGGCGUUAGCGAAUGAUGAUUCUUCUGAAGAUGGACGUAUUUUAGAAUCUUACCCUUCGAGAGUUGAGAGUUAUCCACUUAGAACACCUCAAAUUCGCUUGGAUGACCAACGUAAACGAAAUUGGCAACCACCUAAUCAGUACGUCAGAUCUCAAGUUAUAAUAUCCGAGAAUGAGAGACCGGUGGAGACGGUGGAAGAACCUUAUCGUCCAGUACAAUUUGUGAAACCAAAAUAUAUUCCACCUGUAAAUCAACGAUUCCGUCAUCCAGACAGGUCAUUCCCAAUCAGAGAACAGUAUCCAAUAACAAGAAAUGCUGAUGAUACAGAAUAUGUUGCAAAUCCUGCCCCCAGAUAUCCAUCAAGAGGGCCUGUUGCUUACGAAAGUUUCAACGAAGAUCAAGACACACCCGUUGAAACGAGAGUAAGAGUAAAUAACCAAAAAUACUUGCAAAAUCCUGGUAUAGUACCACAAUCAAGGAUAACUCAUAAUGGAGCCCGUGAGAAUAUUGGUUACGUUGAAAAUGACAGAUUUGUAAAUACUGCACCGAUAUCAAACUACAACGAUAGUCCUAGUGAGAUAACUGUUGUGGAAAAUUUUGACACUGAUGCUGUUAAUCUUACUCCAGUGAACGAAGAAAGACAAGUUCCCGUUGAAGUAAACAAAAUUCCACCACCGAGACCUCAAAUCCAUAGAUACAGGCCUAAUCUUCAUUGGAAUAAUUUUGCACGGCAUCAAACAUUCAAUGCCGCACCUGCCCCAACUAAUUAUGAAGGAGGUUUUGUUUCUAACAAUCCUGCUCCUAUUAGUGAUAAUGGCGCUCCAUCUGUACCUGAAGAUGAAGAGGAACCCAGAACUCCAUAUUCUGAUAAUGCCAAUCCAGACAGGAAUUUAUAUCGGCAGUUGGCUUCAGGAGUACAAAAAUACGAUUUGAAUAAAAUUGUGACUAACCCUCAAGUAAAAAACAUAUUAGCCGCUAAUAACAAACGUUUUAUAGUUUUCCACCCAAAUGGAACUAUUGAAAGUUUGGAUAAAGUUGAUUUAGAUUCGCAAUCUAAUUCUAAGUUCCGUUUGGUGCACUCCACUCCGAAAAAGUUGGAUGACGAUUCUGCUGUAGUAAAAGGUGAAGUAGUUAACGAAACUCCAGCUCCACCACAUGUCCCAACAACUAUCAGCAAGUUACCGUUACACAGAUUACCGCCUAAUGUAAAUCCAAAAGUAGUUGACACCGACACUAAACCUUUGCCUCCAUCUCCAUCUCUACCAGUAGAAGACACUAAUUUGAAGGUAUCUUCUGUAAUUAAACCUAUAGGUUUCCCUCCACGUGUUGAUGAGAGUUAUGCAGUACCUCCACCACCACCACCACCAACUUCAUUUGAAGCUCCACAGGAAAAUGAUAAAGUAAAAAUAGUAUCUCAACCUGUGUUUGAACCUAAAAAUACAAAUGAACCUGAAGAUGAAGAAACUUCAAAACCUUUGCCUCCAAAUGAAACUCAACCAAUAAAUGAAAAUACCAAACCACAACCUGAAGAACCAGUUCAACCAGUUAAUCAAAAUCAGUUCUUACGUCCAUAUCGUCCGUUACCUCCGUAUGCAAGAAGACCAUUAUUAAGACCUCCAUUUAAACCUCUGCCACCUUAUGCAAGAAAUAAGUUCCAACCACUCCCACGUGAACAACCAGCAAAUGAUGAAACAAUAAAUCCUGUAGUUGAGAAUAAUGAACCACCGAGUGACAAUCUUCCAGUGGUGGAAAAAGAUAGCCCCGUACCAUUAAAUUCUGAACCAAAGCCGAUAAAUCCGCCGUCAGAUGUUGACCAGCCGGCAGGUAAUGGUAAACCAGAGACUUUAAAGCCCCUAGAAAAGGUGGCCGUAUAUGAUGGAAGUUUUCAACCAAUAGAACAUAGUUACGCGCCUAUUCCAAGUUUAUUUGUGACUUCCUCAACAUUAUCACCCAAUGAACCAGAAAAUAAAUUACCCAAAAAUCCAAGAAGGAAAUUAAUUCGUAGACCACCUACAACAACUACACCAGCUCCCACAACAGCCAACCCGGACAAAAAACCAAAUGAUGAACUAAUAACAAUAUCGCCAAUAGAAUUAAAUACUGAAAAUGUGAGUGAUGUUCCGCCAACAACGCCCAGUCCACCAAUAACGCCCAGUCUACCAGUAAAGCCACCUGGUCCAGAAGAUAAAAUACAGAGCUCUACAACUCCACUCCCUAGCAAAGAUGACAAAGAAAAAACCACUACAGUGUCACCAAUCACUACAACUGUACCUACUGACGAUGAUGAGGAAGCAGAAACCACUAAACCCACUACAGAAUCCCCCGGAGAAGACGCGAAAAUAGUGGUCAGUAUACCCUCUGAAGAUGAUGAUGAUGAAGAUCCUCAAAUAUUUAAGACUAAUGCCAAAACCAUACAAGCCUACAGCGACGAGGAAGACGGCGAGAUUAAAAUUGAUCUACCAAAGGGUAAAGGUAAAGGAGAUUCGGCCGUGUGGGUGAAAACUACUAAUCAAGAUUUUAUCGACAUAUUGACUGGUAAUAAUGACAGUGAUAUGGACAUGAUAUACGUGUUCAACAUCGACUACCGACCCAUCAUAGAAAGAGAGAAGAACACACAGAUAUUCCCUAACGGAACCGUUGUUGUGACCACUAAGGAAAUCACAUAUUCGGGCAAAAAUGAUUCUAAGCCGAAGGUCGUGACAUCGACUAAAACCAUGCAAGUUGAAGAUUAUGAUUCGGAUGAAGAUUAGUUCCUUCAAUCUUGAUUUAAAUCAGUUUCUGUUCUGUUUUUUUAUUUGAGUUUAAUUAAAGUACAAGUCACUACUAAAUUUAUCGUAAAAUAAAUGAAUUAAAUACA